AUGUGCUACGUGGGGAAAGCAACAAAGAUCUUCAUCUUCAUUGUGACCGUGCUUGUUGUUCUGGGUCUUGUCUUGGGAUUCGGGCUCAUACGCCGUCACCACCACAACAACACCAACAAAUGCUCCGAUGGUUCCUGCAAUUCUUCUCCGGUUACCUUUCCAACUCCCAAUUUCCCAAUUGAAAACCCCACUUCUCCUCCUGCUUCCGCCGCUACCACCACCACCCCCACACCACCACCUCCUCCCCUUGGCUCCAACCCAUCUUCACCGCCGCCGCCAUUGCUGCAGUCAUCUCCUCCUCCUCCUCCUUCGCCUCCUCCGCCGCCGGAAACCACCACUCCGAAUCCUCCGAGCGUGGCAGCACCGCCUAUGAGUACACCUACUCCAGGUUCGGCGCUAGUGACCCCGGGUCCUGUGCAUACUAUUGCCUAG